AUGCAUCAGAGAAAAUAUGCCUUAGAACUGAUUUCUGAAGUAGGAUUAGCAGGUGCAAAACCUGGAACUACACCAAUUGACAUCAAUGUUAAGAUGACCUCUAAGAAGUAUGAUGAAACUGUCAAAAACCAACAAUGCAUUGAAGAUGAUCCUCCUACUGAUCAAGCUGGUUAUCAAAGACUUAUAGGAAAACUGUUGUACUUAACAAUAACAAGACCAGAUAUUUCUUUUGGGGCUCAAACCUUAAGUCAGUUUCCGCAAGCACCAAAGAAAUCCCACAUGGAUGCAACAUUAAGGAUAGUAAGAUAUAUCAAGAAUCAAACUGGACAAGGGUUGUUACUAUCUAACAAGUUCAAGAGUGAUGUUACAACAUUCUAUGAUGCAGAUUGGGCAGCAUGUCCCAUUACUAAAAGAUCAGUUACAAGUUUUAUAAUCAAACUUGGAAACUCUCCUGUUUCAUGGAAAUCUAAGACGCAAAACUGUGGUGUCUAG